ACACGUAUGCCUCUAUAUGAAUUUUCAGACUUUGUUUUGCCAUCAUACCUAUUCAAAAGACAUAUCUGAAGCAUGACUGAAAACCUGUAUCGGGUUCUUUGAACCUAGACCGUGCAACCAACUGAACAAAUUCAUUGGUGACUCGAGCAAAUAUGCACUCCUGACAAUAAAAAAAGGAGAGCCCAUAAUUGAAAUUCGUUGAUGUGAAUAGCAUGACAUGAUUUCCUCCGGCUCAUCAUGUAACAUAACCUGGCCUGCAUGGGUAGAAAGAAGUAGACUUCACCUUCCUUUCUUAUACCUACAUCUUAAAAGAUAUUCUUACCGGAAGGCGCUUCUUCAUCCUGCCCCUAUAACCUCCACGGUUAGUAUAAUAUGCUAAAAAUCGACCACCAUGGUGAUAAAGGCCGUCUUGGUCACGGAGCACCUUCUGGCCCUGGUGUUUGUCUGUUUUGAGAAUCUAAUACACGGAGGUAUCAUCUUUGGCUGGCCCUCACUUGUCUUCGUCUACAUACAACUUGGAUAUUUCGGCGACCUAUGCUACGACAGCAGCGAAAACUCAACAUCUUCAACAGAGCUCAUCAGUACGACCGCUGUUUACAAUCGUAGCCGUGAUGAUACAUACAUCGUUAAAUCUUGUCCAGAGCAGGAGAGUCGCAUUCAACUCGUCUUCUCGGUGACCGUGGCGGUUCAGGCUGCAUGCAUGUUUCCAGUUGGUUUUCUAUUUGAUCACUACGGUACCAGAUUGUCACGUCUGGUCAUGAGUAUCCUGAUGCUUGUUGGCUACAUCUUGAUGGCAUUCAGUUCCCCGACGUACUCAAUUCUUGUUUUUCCUGGAACUAUCUGUUUUACAAUUGGAGGGGUCAUCAUGCUAUUCUCAUCUAUGCAGAUUGGGAACCUCUUCGAAGGUCAGAAAUCUACUACUAUUACCCUAAUCAACGCUAUGUAUGGUGGAUCUGUCAUUAUAUUCUUCGUUGCAAAGAUUGUGCAUGAUGCUGGGUUUUCUAUCAAUCUCCUCUUCUUCAUCAUGGCUGGAUCGGUGGUCCUCCUCAACAUCAACACAUUCCUUAUUCUCCCGACCAAGUACAUCCCCUGGCCACUUCCAGAGGGCUAUAGACUCAUCACAUGCGGAACACACAGGGACUCUCCAAAGGCAACAGAAAAGGGUGCUUACGAUAACCAGGGGUACAUCGAGGACCCAUUCAGCGAAGGGGUGGAUGAAAAUGGGUACAACAGGCAAAUUAGUGUGGUAUCGACACGCAGAGAAAGGUUUAAACGAAGUCGACAAACGAGCCAGUUGUCUCUUUCCAUGGACACGAGAAGCGAAACGAAUGAAGAUGGUGUUUGCGAGACUGAAGAACGGAAGGAGAAAGAGUUUGGUAGCCUUUGCUCAUGUCUCUUGUCAGUGCCAUUUUUUCUACUGCUUAUUUGGCAAGCAUUCCUGGAGACGGGUGUUCUCUUUACCUUUGGAACACUCAACUUUUUCUUAACAAGAUUGUCCAAUGGCGAUGAAGAUCUCGUGAGCUGGUAUAUUAACGUCUUCGCAAUCACACAAUUCUUCAUCUUAAUCGUUGGUCCCCUUGGUGGCCUUCUCAUGGACAGAAACUCCAUCUCUUGUUCUAAAAGAGAAAAACAAAAAAGAAGAGGUCCUUAUGCAGAGAUGCGAGAUAGCUGUCUUCCUUUGGCUAUAACAACCCUGGCUUCCAUCGGUUACUCCAUAUGCCUUUUGAUUCCAAGCCUUCAACUCCAGUAUCUAACUUUUAUCUUUAUUCUGGUGAUGAAGUCUCUACUCUUUGGAGUUGGGUCAGCGGUUGUGGCGGUAGUAUUUCCAAUGAAGUAUUUCACGAGUGUAUACGGCGCCAUGCGAACUAUGAGUGGAUUCUUCACCUUCCUCCAAUACCCAAUCUUCAUCUUACUACAAAGAUACCUCGAUGAUGACCCUUUCUGGGUGACCAUUGCAUUUAUUGUUGCUGACGUUUGUACGUUCACCCUACCCGCCGCCCUCUACGUCAUUAGCAAACGGAAAGAGUAGACUGAAAGAAUUGCAGUAGAGAGGUACCGCAGCCAUCAUCGAUGGAGUUCAUUCAUGUGACCUAGGGCUUCGACUGACUAAAAAGUCAUGCUUAAGUGCCAACACACUCAGUAUUUCAAUAUGCAAUCAAUCCCAUUGAUAGAUUUGCGAUAGAGCGCGUUCCACACGAGCGUGAUCUGACCAGGCACUACAAAGAGAUGGACAUUCAUCACUGAAAUGUGGCUGUCAUUGUCAUGAGAAUAACAUUCCUUUUGUCUACUUUGAUUCUACAAUGGUCACCGUCAAUAAGGCGAAGGGUUAAAAACACCAGUCCACAAUUUCCGUAUGCCCAAAAGAUAAUAAUUCACGUAAAUCCUGGAAAAUAAAUGUGCAGUUCUGGUUUAAAUUAUUAUCGGAAUUCUAAAUUAUUUUUCAUGCUAAUAAUUUUCAAAGAGGCAAUAUCUUCCUGCAAAAUGACGAUAUCUUUUCUCAUCUGCCUUUAUACCAGAGUCACUAAUUUAUGACUCUAAUGAACGAAAGGUUCUGAUUGAACAUGCUGGUAAUGCAUUUAAAUCCUUUUUAUUUUUUUCCAUGUGUAUUUCCGUCAGGAGCCUGGGAAAAAUUACACAUCAGUAAUCUUCAGCCAAGCGAUUCGAUUCAAACUUGUCAAUAGGAAGUGUUACUGUUUAAUUUAAAUUUAUGCAAUGGGGCGUAGAGCCGCAUCUGAGUCAUGUCACUAUAGCAUCCAACACGCCAUUGAAAUUUACAUUGUUCAGUUUCACAAACUUUAUCUAAAUAAAAUCGACCUCAUUAAUUAAAAAUGCAUUUGUUAAGUAUUCAUGUGAACAUAAAAUUAAGUUACGUUAUGACCUAAUCCCAAAAUAAAAAUUUUGUAUGAUGAUUUGAUAAUCCAGUGAGCGUUUAAGCUGUAUAUUCCAUUCCAAAUGUAUAUAUAAAUAAUAUAAUUGUCUUCCUAUCCGGGCAAAUUAUAGCGAGAAAAGUGAUGUGAUUUGUGCAAGUGUUUGACAGCGAGAAUUAUUGUAGUGUUAAAUCAUGCUACUGAGGAUGACAAUGGCGGUGUUUGCGACUGUAGCCGUGGGUGAGGGCAGUUGUGUGGGUGUGGGGGGAGGUGCGCGUGUGGUGAGGGUGUGCGCGUCUGUAUGUUAUUCUUAUUCAGAGGGCAUUCGGACUCAAAGCUUACAUGUCCAGAGUGUGAUCUAUAAAUCAGUUAUACGGUUCAAUAAUUUUUAAAAGGGCCUGUAUAUUUUGUCAUACCUUGUUAAAGAUAAAUUUAUAUCAUGAAAUAAAUGUUGCGGUGUAUAAAAUGUGUGAAAUAGUUUGAGAUGAAAUAUAACUUUUACUUGAAUUCGAA